UGCAUGUUUGGAGUCAUGAUGGACAUCAUGUGCAUCAAAAGGGAUGUCACAACACCCAUUUCAGAGGGCACUUCCUCUUCCCAUUCUUAUAAAAGCCCACUUUGACCACCAGUAGCUUACAAACAGAUUAUCGAACCUAAGACGUGGAAAUCUCCACCCUACCAAAGAAGCAAGAACACAAGAAGAACCAUGAGUAUGGCUGCCGUCCAGCAAAAUCGGCCUUUCAACAGAGCCAUCAGAAAGAUCAAGGUCGCUUCGAUGGUGACCAGCCUUGCCAAAAGCUGGCAAAGCUGGGCAAAUGACCACACCGGCAAGCAAGACACAAUCCCAAGUGGUUGGAUGCCUGACACCAUCAUUGAGGAUGAGAAAGAAAAACAGAAGGAGAUGAGCGAGAUGAAACUCUUGGUCACACCUCGUGUGAUAUCUGUGAAUGGCGAAAAUAGUUCAGACAACAAGAUCAAGACAGGAACCGUGACUAAGGCCAUCAUACCGAAAAGUACAGAGUGUGGGAAAGACACUGUGAGCACCAUCAAGGAGAAGAUCAACACCAAUCAGUUGGUAUCAGAGGACACAAAAAACUUUUUGGGCAAUGAGUCUCCUACUAGGAGACGCAUCUCUGGUGGGAAAGCUGGAGCGUUGGCAAAGGUGCUUGGACAAAAAGAUAAAAAGAAAAUGGGAUCCCGAAGUAGCAGUGUAGAUACAGAGGACAGUGGACUUGGGGAGGAAGCGUCGUUGAGUGACAAUAGCGACCAGAAUGAGAAUGAACCGAAGAAACAUGUCAGCAGGACCAAGAUUAAGGUAACCACAAUGGGUGACCUGAGGAGCAAGUGGCAACAGUUUGCUGAAAACCACAUUGAAGGUCAGAAGGUAAACCCUUUCAGUGAUGACUUCGACUACGAGCAUGCAAUGGCUGUUCGACUUCUGAAGGGCGACGCAGGAUACGGUCGCCCCAAAGAGGGAUCGAAAACCGCCCAACGAGCCGAUCGAGCCCAGAAACACAUCUACCGAGAGAUGGAGGAGUUGUGUUUUAUCAUACGUGACAUGGGUCAACAGGACAAGCAGGGAUGCAUCUAUGUAACCUUUGGCCGUCUGUUUGACCGUUAUGUUAAAAUUUCUGAUAAAGUUGUGGGAAUUCUGUUGCGUUGUCGCAAACACAAAAUGGUGGACUUUGAGGGUGAGAUGCUCUGGAAGGGCCAGGAUGAUGAUGUCAUAAUCACGCUAUUGGUUUAAUGCACUGGAAAAUCAAGUGAUCUAAAACAUAAGCAACUUACGCCAAAGUAUGCCUAGCAUACUUUGGGGAGUACCUAACUAAAAGUAGCGAUGCUGCUAACAAAGCUACGUUUCUUAGCAGUGUCAUAGUAGCUUUUCCAAUAAUUAGCGACUUUUUCCAACAAUUAGCAGUGUAGCGUGACAAAACACUACACUGGCGUUUUUAAGACUUUAUAUUGCAUGUGCAACUUGAUAGCCGUGUAAACGGAGUCAAUAAUCAAACUGUGUUGCACUACAACAUCUGAUUUAUUUUAGGUCAUGUCCACACUAAUACAUUUUUAUUUGAGAAUGCAUUGAUUUUGCUACAUUACGUCUCUAAUUCACAUUAGAAUGCCGUUUUCCUCCACAAAACGCAGAGACUUUUGAAAAUCCUCUCAGUAAAUGCAGUGGAAAACGAGUGACAUUAGCAAACUUAAAACUGAGUUCGAUUUCAGAGAACAUGUGAACGUUGUAGUAAGAACUUAAUCCAUGCUAAAACAAACAAACUUUGAGUUUAAUUAUUGGUUAAAUUACUCCAUUUUGCAGUUGUAGGGUCAAAUAGCCCUGAUAUUUUUCCAAAAAUAUUGCCCCAGAAGAGAGCUUUAUUUCCAAUCUAUUUUAGCAAGUAGUUGUUAGCUAGUUUGAAUUAGUUACAUGUAGUGUAGCUAACUACUUCAAAAAGCUUAGCUUUAAAAGUUACUUUAAAUUCUGAGUAGCUUGUAGCUUGCAAGCUACAGUUUCGAAGUAGCUUCCCCAACACUGAAAGAAUGUCUCUGAUUAUUCUAUUUAUAAAUUCUUUGGAAGUAUGAAAUCGUAAAACCUUGAGAACGUUCCAGAAAAGAUGUUAACAUUUGAUCUUAUGCAUCCACUUUGGUGCAUGACGUGUUUUGAAAGUGAGGUCAAGAUUUAGUUUUAGUAGAGAGGAGCUUUGCAUAUGAGAUAUUAGAAUGGUGACGCCUUGCACACAGUUUACACAAGGGAUUGAAUGCCUCUCGUAUUUGUAGAGCGUCAAGCAUCCUCUGAAUGCAAACCAUACAAGACCUGAUGCCCAGACAGCUUUUGCAAAUGCAAAUGUUCUCAUGUUAUUUGUAAUUCUUUCAUCUGUAUCACAUUUCAAGUCGAAACAGUUUUGCAUUUGAAGAAUAUUGCUAGUUGAUUAUCUUUAAAGUCAACAUGAAAAGGUUUAAAGUCCAUUUGACUUGAAACAGUAUAUUGUAUGCAAUGAGAAUGGAUUUUGAAAGUGAAUGUUAAACACCAGAAUGGAAUAUAAGAAGGAAUUGGUGAUGUCAAUGAAAAAUGAAAGUAUUUUCAGAGGUGGGGCAAGUUGUUAGAAAUGUGUAUUGGGAAAGUAAAUAGUGUUCAUUUUAAUUUCAUGUUGACUUUCAAUGCUUUUGUCACUAGUGCAAAUAUUUUGUCUAUUUUCAUGUAAAUUUAUGUUGUUUUAUUGUCCAGUACUUGUUGCUCUUUCAAAAUGAAAGCAUGAUAGUCUUCUUACAGAAGGAUGUGUUGUAAAUAUUUAAAUAUUUGAUUAUGUGUAGUGUAUGAAACUAAUUUAUUGUUAUAAUCUUGAAUUAUUCUACCAUUGUUGUGUUACAGAAAUACAACAUUGACCUUAUGAGAGAGGAUGUCUUGCAUUUUUUCAUACUUAAACAUAGUUAUUUGUUUAAAUCUGAAUAUAAUAUUUGCAUAAUCCAUGUGGGUUUUAUUUAGCUAAAUUGUGGACAAAUUUGUCCCAAGUUGUUAACUAAAUUUAACCCAAACUCCUCCUUUACAUCAUAGAUAAAAAUUACUUAGAAGUCAUGAGUCUGUUUUAUUAUUAAAUAACAUUGUUGUUUUUUUAGUUUAAUAUGCAUAAAGUUUUGUAGGGGGACGGUUUAGGGUUUGUCUGUAUUAUUAUAAUUCGUUUUAUAUAAAACAAUAGAAGUCUAUGAUAUGUCCUUAUUUAGAUAAUUAAGUAAAUGUGUGUGCAUGAUGGUAUGUGUAUAAAAGUGACCUAAAUUCUUCUCCUGAGACCCCACGUCCACAUGCAUGGACAUUGGGUUUUGGCUUCGCUGUAGGCUAUGCAUCAUUUAAUUUCAUAGACAUUAAAACCUGUUUGAGUCAAAAGAUUUUAGUCUGUAGUUUCAUCUGAUAUGCCAUUUUAAAUAUUUCAUUAUAUUUCAUAUAUAGAUUAUAUUAUUGCGAAACAGCACGCUGUUAAACACAAAUGACCACGUAUGUGGACAAUGUGCAUUUUCACAUUGAAAAUCAAUGGAUGCAUCCAAAUGCUUAAAGAUGUUUCUUUCAGAGGCUGUAUAUGGAGUUAGAAUGAAAAUAAGGUGCAUUUCAAAGUGAAGUGAAGACCAGCACACUGGUUGUUAAGUCAUCCACUAAAUACUGAGCAAGGGAGCAUCCUAUAGAUCUCUAUGCAGCUAAGUGUCCUAAAAUCCGGCCAAGAGUUCAGUUUCAGGCUCACUUUCUAAAGCUUGGCAUUAAAAUUUCACAAUUUAGUCCUGCUGACUAUAUAUAUAUAUAUAUAUAUAUAUAUA